CUUCUCUUCUCCUUCUCUCCGGUUUAAAAUUGGAAUUGGCCAUCCCGAUUCCCAAACAUGGUACAGUCUCAGAUCGUGUCACGCUCGCGGCACGUGGCACUAAGGACCGUAUUAAGUUUGCUCCUUUCCCCACCUCCACCGCUCGCCUGUCUCCAAUGUUUACUUCCAGGAGGGGAGAAGAGAAAUUUUCUUCUUUUUCCAACUCCUCCUCCUCCUCUUAUGCUUCUUCUUCUUCGGCUUCGGUUGCUUCUUCUUCUUCUUCUCCGGCACCGUCGCCAUUCUCGCCGUUGGUUCUAAACCCACAAGCCAAGACCAUGGAGGAGGUCUGGAAGGACAUUAGUCUACCGUCCGUCGACCGGCCGGCCGCCUGCAACGCGGGGUUGCGGGGUCUGACCUUCCAGGACUUCUUUUCCCGCCCGCUCGGCAAAAACUCGCCUCCGGCCGCCGUCCCUGCCGGCUACUCCUCCCCGUUGUCGCCUCCCGCCACCGCCCUCAGCUUGAAUUCUGGCCCCGAGCCUUUCAACCUCCUCACCAACACCCACCCUCUUAGGGAAACCCCCAUCUUGCCCGACCCGCCCAUUUCGAAUGUGUUUUCAGUGCCGGAUCCUGGCUUGCCGGCUUUUGGGAAGAAAAGUGUCCCAGAACACGACGACAACUCUGACCGCCGGCAUAAGAGGAUGAUAAAGAACCGGGAGUCGGCUGCUCGAUCGAGGGCCCGAAAGCAGGCUUACACCACUGAGUUGGAGCUAGAGGUUGCCCAUUUAAGGGAAGAGAACAGGAGGCUGAGAAGGCAACAGCAGCAGAUGUUUUUAGCUGCGGCCGCUCAAGUUCCCAAGAAACACUCUCUCCACCGAACCUCGACAGCCCCAUUCUGAGAAAUUCUCUCCAGAGAGAGAGGGAGAGGGAGAGGGAGAGAUGAAUUGUUGUAUUUUGAAUUUUUGAUGGGGUGGGCUUUAAUUGGAGUAAAUUGUUGGAAAGUAAGUAAUGAAUGAAAAGAUGGCGGUUUUGGAUUCCCAAACAUGAGAGGCUUUUAGUGGGUUGUCUCUGC